AAUUUGGACAGAAAUCUAAACAAAGUUCCUUAAACGAACAAGGGCGAUAAGCUGUUAAGAUUUAAAAGCAAUUUUCGCAAUUCUUAUCUUUUGAAUUGAACAUUCGCAUUUAUAAAAGAUUAGUGUUAUUGUUGUUGACGUCUAUACUUGGGGCUCUCUCAUAAGACUCCACAUUGUCCAGUUGUAACGUGAUGAAUGGAGUUCCCAAAGCUUCCCCCUCAUGCCGGGCCAGUGUUAUCUAUAGUGGACAUGCACACAGGUGGAGAGCCACUGCGCAUUAUCCUGAGUGGGUAUCCAGAGGUCAAGGGGGACACAAUCCUUGCCAAACGGCGCUAUGUGAGAGAGCAUCUUGAUCAUCUUCGCAAGGUUUUAAUGUUUGAGCCUCGUGGUCACUACGACAUGUAUGGGGCUCUGCUGGUCAGAAGCGAGUUGCCAGAGGCUGAUCUCGGGGUCUUGUUCAUGCACAAUGAAGGGUACAGCACCAUGUGCGGUCACGCUGUCAUUGCACUCGGGCGGUAUGCAGUGGAUUAUGGUUUGAUUAAGGCACCCACUUCACCAGAGACACAGAUAAACAUACACUGCCCCUGCGGCUUAGUGAAGGCUUUCGCACAGUAUUCCGAUGGGAAAACUGGGGCUGUCAGAUUCCACAGUGUCCCAGCCUUUGCUUUUGCUACAGAUGUGAGUGUCUCUGUUCUAGGAUAUGGGUUCAUCACUGUGGAUAUAAGCUAUGGUGGAGCUCUUUAUGCUUUUGUGAGUGCUGAGAAAUUUGGAUUGGAUGUCAGCAAGUCCAAAACCAGAGAUUUAGUGGAUGCAGCCACUGCUGUGACAAAUGCUGUGAAAUCCCAGGUUAAACUGCACCAUCCUGUUAGUGAGGAUUUGGCCUUCCUCUAUGGAACAAUCCUUACUGAUGGUAAAGAUGCUUUCUCUGAAGAGCCCACUGCCAAUGUGUGUGUGUUUGCUGAUGCACAGGUGGAUAGAAGCCCAACUGGGUCAGGGGUCACUGCUCGCAUUGCUCUUCAGUACCAUAAAGGCCUGAUCGGGCUGAACCAGACCAGAGGUUUCCAGAGUGGAGCUACAGGAUCGGUAUUUAUAGGGAAAGCAAUAGAGGAAACCAUGUGUGGGGACUUUAAGGCUGUGAUAGUGGAGGUUGCAGGUCAUGCUUACUACAGUGGAGUGGCCAGCUUUACACAGGAGAGCAAUGACCCAUUGAGUGGAGGCUUCCUCCUGUGCUGAGUCAGUUGAUCAUAAGGUUACAGCAUAGAUUUCUGCGUGAAUGCGGAUAGGAUGUUUAGGCUGCAGUCUCUUGUGUGAGUCCAGAUAUAUUUACUGUUACAGCCCCUUUUAGGCCAUAUUAGUUUUUCGUUUGUAUUCUGUGUGGCAGAUUGGUGGUGAUUGGAGUCGUUUGGCUCAUCAACACUGAUGCGAUACACCUGUGCCAGUGAAUGCUGCAAGGCAUUUAAAUGGCACUCGCCCAGUCUUCACUCUCCUCUUCCCCAUUCAGACAUGUGUUCUUUUUGGUUUCUGUUGUUUUUGUUAUAAUACAUAUUUAAUAAACAUUUUACUUUAAUAAAUUACUUUUAUUUGAACAUUUAACCCACCUAUGGUCUCCCUCUUUAUCGUGGCUUACAAGCCGGUCGUGACAAAUGGGGGCUUGUCCGGGAUCUUUGAAUGACCCCUUCAUUUGGCGUUAUUUGUAAAUUUGCUUUAAUUGCUUUUGUUAGUUUGUAAUCAUUGGUGGGUGGGUUUUGGUUGCUCACAUUGAUUUUAUCAGCCAAAUAAUUACAAACUUUGUUGCACUAUUGUUUUGAACAUUUGUAUCCCCCCUUGUUUGGGAAAAACUCUUUCGGUUUUGUUUGAUUUAAGAAUUGUCAAAAUUAUUUGCUGCUCUUGUUUUGAGAUUUUUUGGGAGCUUUUCUUUGAAAAUGAUUCCUUUUGUUCUGUUUCGGGUAGAGAAUUGCAGUGGUUUGGAAUUCAUAUUUAGCCUAGGCUGAAGUUAUUUGUUUUUCACACAAUUAAAGGUAAGUGAUCUUUUGGUUCGAACAGUGUGGGAUUUUGUGUGGUAGCUGACUUUUUGUUACCAUUUGUGUCCCUGUUAGGCUUAAGCGGCUUGAUACUUUUUGGGGCAAGUUGAGCUCAUUGUAAUUUGUUUGUUAUAUUUGUGCGGUGACCAUGUGUAGAACGGUUGUCUCUGGGCACAUCCGUAGCACGGGACGGUCAGCAGCUUGCUGGUUGCUUUUACUGUGCCAGCGGGAUAUAGUGCAUAAACACUCCCACCAGUAACUGCAUGAAGACUAGGGUAAAGUAAGUUAGUGUCUUGUGUCUAGGUAGGAGUGGGGGUACCUUGUUCUUUACUCAAUCCCUCCUGAUUUGGCCUUUUAUGAUCACUUCAUCUGCUGUUCGGAUAUAACUUGCUUAAUUUUCAUAUUAUGGCUAACUUGGUACAAGAGUUUAUUUGUAUGCACUGUGAAGCAUUGUUUGAGUCAUGUACAAAAGAUCAGUUAUUAAAAAUUGCUGAGAAUUAUGAGCGAUUAAAAGACACUGUUAAAGAAAUACUCAAAGCUAAUCUAAUCGAUAGUGGUGUACUUUUAGCCAUUUAGAAAUUACUAAAAUAAAUUCUCCCUCUUGAAUUUCGGCCUGCUCUUUAACCUUUGAGCAGCAAGAGAGACUUUUAAUGUUGAACAAGAGCGUAUGAAGUUAGAACUUGAAUGUGAAAAGCAUAAAACUGAGCAAACAAACCUGGAUCUCCAUAGAUAUUGUUUAGAUCUUGUAUGAGAGGGUAAACUUGUUAAUGAGAGUCCUGCUGAUUUUUCUCAGUGUGAUCUUCAAUCGACACUGUUGGAAAUUUGCAGUUGUUACCAAAAUGUUAUGAAAGAGAUCCUGAUAUAUUUUUCACAUUGUUUGAGAUUGUGGCUGAUGCAAAAGGUUGGCCUGAUAAAGAGUGAACACUGCAUUUACCAUGUGUAUUUACUGGUAAGGCUAAAGAGGUUUUCUCUUCUUUGCCGGUAUCAGAGAGUGAAAAUUACAUUACAGUUAAACUGUAAUAAAAGCUUAUGAACUGGUACCAGAAGCAUACCGCCAAAAGUUUAGAACUUUGCCCAAAGGGGUGAAUGAAGCUCACAUUGAGUUUGCCAGAGAGGGUUAGUCCGAUGAAUGUGCACAGGAGUAUCCCGAAGUAUUAAAAGCUUGAUGCUGUAACUCGAGCUAUGAGUGCUAACCAAACUUCUCCCAGUGUACCUAGGACUGACAACAGUGAUGUGUGAUGGUUCUCUCUACCCGAGUCUCUUUCUGUGUCCUGCCCUGACAUGAUAGAUGAACAGCGAGCUGAUUCUACUCUCACAGAACUAUUUGAUUAUUUUUUACCUUUCGACCAAAUUAGAGAUGUUGCUCAUGGCUAUGUUUUGCAGGAUGGAAUGUUGAUGAGAAAAUGGAUUUCUCAUGGAGCCAGUUUUGCAGGUGACCCCAUCAUGCAGGUGGUAGUUCCCCUUAAAUUUCAUCCUUUGGUCCUGCAGACUGCUCAUGGUGACAUUGCUGGUCAUUGGAGUGUGAGGGAAAACCUUUGACCACAUUUUGCACCAUUUCUUUUGGCCGACAUUUAAAAGAAAGAUAUUGCCCUGUACAUUAGAAUGUGUCGCACUUGCCAAAUGAAGGGUAAGCCGAACCAGAAAAUGUAAUCUGGUCCAUUGUUUCCUAUUGCGGCUAUUAGUCAGCCAUUUGAGUAUCUGAUCAUUGAUAGUGUGGGUCUUCUGCCUUGAUAAAAAAUGUUCUUACAGUUAUGUGUGCACCAACAUGAUACCCUGCAGCUUAUCCCCUCCGCACCAUUACAUAAAUAUCUGUGGUGAAAGCUCUAACCCAGUUUAUAACGGUCUUUGUCAUUCUAAAAAUUCUACAAAGCGACCAAGGCUCUAAUUUGACUUCUCACUUGUUUUCUCAGGUGUUGCAGCAAUUGUACCUUAAGCAAAAUAAAGAAAGUGCCUAUCAUGCUCAAAC